GCUCGAUGUUGCUUCCGGGUUUGCUUUAUUUCCUCGACGGUCAGGUAGAUUCUUUGUUGAUUUGAGUUAUUGGAUAUUUAUUUCAAAAUGAACCGUAUUUUCGGUCGAGGAAAACCGAAGGGACCACCACCAAAUCUCACAGACUGCAUAGGGAGUGUAAGUCUCUAUUGACAUAACUUACAGAGCAGGUUUCUAUGACAAACGAAAUAACUUGGCUUGCUGGCUAGCUAACGUUAGCUAACUAGCUGGACGACAGCUGAUUGUUCCAGCAACAUGGUAGAAAGUUGUGACAGCCCAUAGAAGACCUAUAGCGCAUAAAAUACUGUUUAGCUACUUAAUGUUAUCUUUAAAGUUAGUUUGAUUAGCCUUGUAAUAGUGUCCUAGUGACUUAGCUAGCUAAUGAGUUAGAUGAAGAAAAAAAAAAGACCAAUCGUCAAUAGGGAGUUCAGUAGGGUGAUGCUGGUUUUCCAAUGUAGGCUAAAAGGUGUUGUUCCAACCAGUUUUACAUGUUUGACCAAAUCAGGUAUUUAGCUAGUGCCAUUGACUGUAAACAUUGAAGGAAAUGUAACAUUGAUUAUUUGAUCAUUAUAAUAACUAAUACAUGCAUUUAAAUAACAUUUUCUGAUACCACAAGUUCAUUACAAAGUCUUCAGACUCUUACAAGAUCAUUGAAGUAUGAAAACAGUCUGCCUGGCUAACUCUUGCCCAUUCUUUCUCUCUUAAGGUUGACUCACGAGCGGAGUCUAUUGACAAGAAGAUUGCCAGACUAGAUGUUGAACUGGUCAAGUACAAGGAUCAGAUGAAGAAGAUGAGAGAUGGCCCUUCAAAAGUAAGAUUGAACCCUACCCUGAGUGAAGCAGGCUGUGAUUUUAGACAGAUAUGUUUACCUAAGUCAUUAUAUUAUACAUGUAGGCUAAUGCUGUUAUUGAACAAAACACAACAAUACACAAGUAUGGUCCCACUUGUUCUCAGCAGUAUCUAGCUAUGUCUGAUGUCACGUGAAUUGUUUCCUGUUAAUGUUUUCAUCAGAACAUGGUCAAGCAGAAGGCGAUGAGGGUACUGAAGCAGAAAAGAAUGUGAGUAACUUAUGAAGGGAGUCUGCCAACGCAUCAAUAACCUCAAAUCAAUCAGGACAAAUAUCACAGUAACCUAAUGAACCACAUAAGUAGCAGUGGACUGUCACCAAAGUCAGGAUAUGAGUGCAUAAAAACAUCUGUAUUGAUCAUUUCAAUCUUGUUCUUUUUCAGGUACGAGGGCCAGAGAGACAACCUCACACAGCAGUCCUUCAACAUGGAACAGGCCAACUACACAAUCCAAACUCUCAAAGACACAAAAACAACAGUAAGGGGCCACAGUAAUGUACUGACUGUAGCACUCAGUCACAAUUUACUGUAGUUGUCAUGCCAGGCUGUUCUCUGGGUUAAAAAUCUCAGAUUUUGCAUUAUAGGUUGAUGCCAUGAAAAUUGGAGCCAAAGAGAUGAAGGCGGCAUACAAGAACGUGAAGAUCGAUCAGAUUGAGGUAUUUGUCUUCUUCGAGUCUUAAUGCACUACAACACCAUUUGGUGGUCUAACGUAGAAGUGCAGUAGAAUUAUACAGACCCUCGUCUUGAAAGACUCAAUAUAUUUCAGUCAUCUGAUCUGGGUCAUAUUCAUCCAGGUAAAGUGAAUGGCCUAUUGUGAUUGAGAGAUGUUUGGGUUAAGAGUUCCAUGUUUUCGUGAUGCAGGAUCUCCAAGACCAGCUGGAGGACAUGAUGGAGGACGCCAACGAGGUGCAGGAGGCGAUGAGCAGAAGCUACGGGACGCCGGAGAUCGAUGAUGAUGACCUGGAAGCAGGUCAGUGCUUUAAGAGUAUGACAAAGCCACAAGGAAGACAUUACACUGAACGCAGUACAUAACUGUAAUUGUGUUCCAACACAGUUGGUAUUGCUCCAGUACAGUACAGGUCUAUAUUAUAACAUAGCUGUAGGUCAAUAGAUGGCAUCAUUUCCCGCCGCUCUACAGAGAAGUUUUGUUUACUUCAGCACAGUGAUACAACAGCAGUCAAUGCAGUCCUUAUGUCAAUAGUCUGCGUGUGGCUGCAUGUAAUAACUGUGCAUCAAUGGCUGUGUGCGUGUGAUCUCAGAGCUGGAUGCCCUGGGAGAUGAGCUCCUGCUUGAUGAUGACAGCUCCUACCUGGAUGAGGCCAACACUGCCCCCUCCAUCCCAGAGGGAAUACCCAGCGACAGAGCACCAAACCGGGUACACAUAUCUCUCUCUGACCACUGUAUUCUUGUUUACCCAGUUUAGUCUUGAAUAAUUCACUGGAGUAUUAUGUUAAAAUGCAAUCACAACUGACACUGUUUCAUCAGUACAGAAGACGGAUGCAUUGUUCGAAGUGUUCAGUUUUGUUUUUAGGACAUUGGAUGAAGACACAUUCUGCACCUAUUUAGACAUAACUGGAGUUUCCUACAAAAUUGUAAUUUGUCUGUUUUACAGGAUGGAGUUCUGGUGGAUGAAUUUGGCCUGCCACAGAUCCCUGCUACAUAAUGGAUGGACAGCAGGCAGAAACCAAUGGCAACACUCCAAACCAAUUUUUUUUUAAUGUAUCAUACCCUUUUUAAAACAUAUACACUGAGUAUACCAAAUAUUAGGCACACCUUCCUAAUAUUGAGUUGCGCAUCACCUCCACAUACCCAACAACCCCCCCCCCCCAAAAAAAAUUCAUUCUUUAACCUGUCUCCUUCCCUUCAUCUACACUGAUCAAUAAGGGAU